GCACUUGGAGGCGAGGAAGGCCAUAGCCGCGCUCCCAGAUCAGAAAUCCCUCAGCCGACGCGUGUGACUAGAGCGGCGGCGGCGGCGGGCAGGCGAAACUGCCGCCGACUAGCAUUUCAGAGGCAGGCGACUCCAGUCCGGGUUUUGGGGCUGAGGACUAACGAGCCGCAGGGAAAGGCUAGCAAAGGCUAGCUCGGUCCAUCCACCCAGCUCGCCCGCCCUUUCACCAACAUCUGGGAAACGCCGCUGACCUGCAGAGGGGAGCUUAUCCCAGCAGGGUCCCUAAGUCCUCGCCGGGCCAAAACGCCCGAUGGCUGUAGCGGCGCGCCCGGCCUUCCUGCCCAGCCCAGCGCAUCCGCUGUAAACUGCGGCUGCACCACCUCUGCUGCCUUGCCGCGAGUGCCUCGGCUAUAGCGGCAAUAGCCGCCGCCGCCGCUCCCGCCCCCUCUCUCAGCCUUGCCCACAGCCCAGCCGAGCCGAGCCCACUCCUCCUCGGUGCGGCGCGCUAAGCUGUGCUGGGCGCGGCCAUGCAAGCGCGGCGUCUGGCCAAGCGCUCCAGUCUGGGGAACCGGCGCUUGAACGCGGCGGGGCCGCCCUCGGCCGCGCAGCCUUUCCCGGAAUCGGGCAGUCGCGGCAUAGCGAAGACCGAAAACUCCUGGAGGCCGCCUCGGCGCGAGGGCUCGGCUGCCGCCCUCGAGGAGGAGGACGAAGAGGAGGACGUGGUGGUAGAUGUCGAGGAGGACGACGACGCCGACGAGACGGAGGAGCUGUCAGGGUCGGUCAAGGGCCACGCGGCCUCCCGGGUAAGCCUAAAGGUAACCAGCAUAAAGCAUGAAAUGACCUUUGCAGCAUUUCAAAAGGAAGACCUAAAAAGUGAUCUAAAUCAAAAACUCUCAGAUCAGCAAUUUUUUGUGUUGGCUAUGAAGGAGGAAGAUUCAAAAACAGAGACCAAAAAACUUGGCAGAAUUCAUGAUCAUGAAAAAGAAAAUACUCGUUCUAUCUGUCUUCUUGAACAGAAGCGCAAAGUUGUAUCUUCAAACAUUGAUGUGCCUCCUACAAGAAAAUCUUCAGAAGAAGUAGAUAUGGAUAAAGUCACAGCAGCUAUGGUUCUAACUACUUUAUCCACCAGCCCUUUGGUUCGCAGCCCCCCAAUCCGUCCUAAUGAAUCCUUAAAUGGAUCCUGGAAAGAAGGAGGAUUUGUGCCUUCCAGUACCAGCAGCAGUGGGUAUUGGAGCUGGAGUGCUCCAAGUGACCAAUCAAACCCAUCCACUCCAUCACCUCCCCUUUCUGCUGACAGCUUCAAACCAUUUCGAUUGCCAUCUCAAACUGACGAUGGCAUUGACGAAGCUGAAACUAGCAGUCUUCUUUUUGACGAACCUAUUCCUAGGAAAAGAAAGAACUCCAUGAAAGUAAUGUUUAAAUGCCUUUGGAAAAACUGUGGAAAGGUACUAAGCACUGCUGUUGGCAUUCAGAAACACAUCCGGACUAUUCAUCUUGGACGUGUAGGAGAAUCUGACUACAGUGAUGGAGAGGAAGAUUUUUACUACACAGAGAUACGUCUCAACACUGACUCAGUAGCAGAUGGAUUAAAUAGUUUAUCUCCAGUUUCACCCUCUCUAGCAUUUCUUCCUUCUUUUCCAUCCCAAGAUGUGAACAGAAGUGAACUGUCAUGUGCCAAAACAGAUGCUAAAGGGAUGACGCCUCUAAGCCGUUCAGCUCCUACCAACCUCUACCUCAUUCACUCUGACCAUGCUUACCAGGCCACAGCUCCUGUGAACAUUCCAGGGUCAGCCAAGUUCACUCCCAAUGGAAAAAGCUUUAGCAUCUCUUGGCAGACACCCCCUGUUACCUUCACUGGCCUUCCAGUUUCACCAACUCACACACGGCAUGUGGGGAUCGGAGAACAAAAGAACCAAGUCCACGCGGUUCUUUCAUCACCACCUAGAGCAUCAGUGGGCCUCAGAAAACCUAGAGGAGAGGGCAAGAAAUGUCGCAAAGUGUACGGGAUGGAGAAUAGAGAUAUGUGGUGUACAGCUUGUCGUUGGAAGAAGGCCUGCCAAAGGUUUAUUGAUUGAAGCCCACAAACAAUAUGGAGUUGUGUAUAAUAGGGUUCCCUUGCUGCAAGUGUGCAGUGUGACUCUUCCCACCUCACUGAGCGCUAAUGUCUAUAGAAGACUGGCACUCUAAAGCAAAUACAUUUAUUUCAAAGGGAAGAACUUCUCAAAAACCUAUAUAGGAAAAACUAACAAAAUCUUUACCAAGUUUUGAAUCAGGAGCAGCUAUAUGCAUCUUUCUUUAAAAGAACAGGAACAAAAUCUGUUUUUAAUACCUUGAACAACUCGCCUGUCAGGACAUUUGUCUUUAAUACUACAUCAUGAUCAGUAUUUCACCUUUGGAAUCACUUAAAGCCAAGAUUGAGUGAUGCUACUUUUCUUAGAAUGAAGUAAAUAAAACACAAAUACACACGUGCAUACACAGACACACUAAACUUUAGAAAUAAGCUACGUUUUUCUCAAGAGCAGCUCUCCCAGAAGUGGUAAAUAAUUCUAUUGUGAACAGACUUGAUUCAGCGUCUGGUGCUUGUCCUUCAAGGAUAAUGGAAAGAUGCUUUGCUAAAGGGGCAAGAAAUUUAAGAGUAAUCUCAAACUCAGACGUGAAGGUUGAGCACCUCUUGUAUCUGUCCCAAAGAAGGCUAGUUGGGGUACAAUCACCAGCAGUCCUAAGCAAAAAACAAAAACCCACACAUGGGAAAGGAGUCUGAUUUUAAAUGAACUUGGAUUGAAAUCAGCAUACUUACCAUCAAUAUUUGGGUUCCAGGAUAUUUUCUUAGAAGCAAGUACUGGAAAAUGUACAUCUCACAGUGCUAAAGGCUCUGCUCAGACUAAUGGGCAGCCCAGAGGACUUCAUCAACAUUAAUCAGGGAUGUGAUCAACCCAUCAGCUUUUCCCUGCUUUUUAUGCCAAUAUUAGGUUAACAUUUUAGUUCAAACAGCAAAUUUUCACUUCAGGGGAUAGAAACUAGAAGGACAAACUGGUUUUCCACUUCCCAACAUGUAAAAUACGAGUGCAGCAAAGCAGAUGUCUGUAUGUAAAAAAUUCCAUUGAUUAUAAAGUUCUUUCAAUAUCAGAAAUAAAAGCGUUCACGCUGGCUUGCACUUUCAUAGGUUUUGUGCUUUAGUGUAAUUUAAUCUUCAUUUGGCCCAUGAGAUAGACUGUUGUAGCUGUGGUGUAAAUUGAACUGAUGCUUGAGAAUCAGUAGAAAGUUUGGACAUCGGUUACUGAAAUAACGUCUCUGGAUUGCCUAUUGAAAUAAAGGAAUUCCUAUAAGAGCACUAUUGCAUAUUAAUAUAAAUACGGCUUGUGCUCAAGACCUUCCUGGUGGAUUUUGUCCUUUGAUAUUAACUCCAGUGGGAUGAGAUAGGUAUCCCAAGUUGGGAAAACAAGAGCAAGAAUGGGAGCCCUUGAUGCUGUUGUAUGAUGACAAGUCAGAAAUAAAUUUUAUUGGGGAAGGGGGGUAGAGGAAUCGCUGAUGGAAUAUAUUAUAAAUCACUAUUAUCUAGAGUAGCUGCCUAUAAUAAAUAUAAAGAAGCACAAAUUUUAAUUAAAACACAGAAUAUUAAGCUAGGGAUGACUCUCAUGUAAAUUUCAGAACGAUUAAGUUAGCUUUAACGCUAUGAUAAUAUUAAAACAAUUCAGGUAGGCCUGGAACUGUCUUCCAAAAUAAGGCUAUCUGGCUGAAAACACUUUUAUUGUACUGAUAAGAGUCUUUUUCAAAUAAGUAUUUUCAUCAGAUAUUCAUCCAGUUUUCUCCUUGUUUUCAAAAAGCGCAAUUUUCUAGCAUGUUAUUCCACUCAUAACUAGAGAAUAAAAAAUUUCUUUCAUGAGAUUUUGUAGGAAAGUAAGAAAAAGGGAUGAAAUCAACACAAAUUAUUUAUUCCUUUAUGGUUUGGUCUUCAACUUCAGCCCUUUUAAUUAUUUAUUCCUUUAUGGUUUGGUCUUCAACUUCAGCCCUUUUAACUACCUGUGUCUAGCAAAAGUAAGAUUUAGGAAAAUCUGAGGUUUUAUGUUCUUAUCUAUUUAUUUAACAGCAAAUUGUAUUUGUCAGGGAUUUCUUCAGAUCAUAUAUUUACCCAACCAGGCAGCUGACAAUUAAAUUUGAAAGAGUACAUGAUGUAAUAAUCACAUCCGCAUUCUAACUUGAAUGUGUUAUAUUGCAGUCCUAUAUUUGUGUUGAAAUAUAUCUCUGGCUGCAUGUGCGGUCUGUCCAAAAUUCACUAAUAAAUUGUUCUGACUGGGUGUUUCAUGGCCAGCAUACGUCCUGGAGGAAAUACCAAGUAUGGCUUUAUGUAUUUUUUCCUAAUUUCACAUACAAAAAAGUAAUAGAGUUUAUAUUUUCAGGUUCACUUUCUGGCAUUCUCAUUUAAAAGUUUCUAAAUGGUAGGACUAUAGGCAGGGAUCUGCUUGAAAGCAUAAAAACUUCCAUUGUAGUCAAAAUUAGGCUGACUAAUGGUUUGAGCUAACCAGACAGCUUAAUAAAAAUUAAGUUAACAUUCUUGAUAUAGAAAAAACAAACUCAAAAUCACCUGGAAAGCUAAGAGUGCUAUAAUGAAUUACUAAAUUUUACAUACAUUGAAAGUAUUUAUGCAUUGAUCUUAAUAAAAGUUCAGGCUGCAGUGUAUUGAUUUUCUUUACAUUGGACUUUAUGUGCAUCAUCCUAUUUUAUUCUGUUAGGUAUUUCUUUUCAAAGGAUGAUAUGCCAUACAAUUUUUAAAAAAUUAUAACUUAGUUGAAUCAGCUGUUGGUGUAAAUUGUGAUCGCAUGCCCUGGAAAUACCAAGACAAAAGUGGAAAAAAAUAUUCUAAGAUGUAUGGGUUGGUCAUUGUUGGAAAUAAGUGAUUUAUUGCAUAUUUUUCAAAUUGAGAUAGAGAUUAUAAUAUAUGCCAAAUAAUAUUGAUAAAUUUAUUAUUCUUACUUUAUGUUAUGUUCUCAAAUGUUCAAAGCAGAAGUAAAUACAUGAUAUUAUAAUCAGACUACAUGAUAUUAUAAUCAGACUCCGCAUUCACAGGAAUUUUAAACUUGGUCGUUCAGUAUUUUUAUUGCACAUUUUUCUAAUUAACUGCACUCUUGAGGGCUAGAAAUUUUUAAAGAUUGAAAAAUAAUCAUAGGAUAAUAACUAUUUGCCAAUCUCUGUGCAAUAUAGCUUUUGUAAGUUCAUCUAUUGUUUAUACCUAUCCUCAGUUUUUGGUUCUGCAGAUUUUCACUGAGCAUGUUCAACUUUGACAGAGAAAAUAUUUUUAUCUUUAUAGCGAUAUUUGAAAAACUUUUUUCCAUAGGUAGAUUAAAGGCAACAGACCUAAGGUAAUAUUUGCUUGCUUAUACUUUAAUUGAAAUUACUGCCAGAUAAUUCUGUUGGAUCUGCUGUAUAAAGAGAUAAACAUAAUGGAACUGCUGGAAUUUGCCUUGUUCUUCUUAGUAAGUGUUCCUCAUAACAUUGAUUGCAACAUAAUAAAUCCUUUUUAUUGCUGGAGAAUUUCAAUAGGGCUUUAAACACACCAAAAGACACAGGAAAUAGGUGCUAAUCAGAACUGUGCUUAGAAUUAGAGACAUGGUAAGCAAGGGGGUUGCAGUUAGCAUUUCAUAGGACUUUUUAAAAAAAUAUUUUACUGCUUACUUAAAUAUUCUUUUAUAAUGAUUUAUAGGAUACCACUGAGGGUUGAGGAGUCCAAAAUGUUUCCCCAAAUAUCUCCCUGAUAUUUUUCUUAACAUGUAUUCAUAAAUAUUUUAAAGCUCUAUCAGAGGUGAUAUUCUGAGAUCAUUAUUAGCCUGAUUUGACUAAACAAUGAUGUUGCAUAGUAGCUUCAGAGUGAGGGCAGAAAAUAUUGUCUCUGACUGUUUGUUAGAAAAGAGUUAAUAACUUUAACUCAGGGUUACUUUGAAAAGCUCUUGCUGUGCCUAUUUGGGCAUUUCCAACAUCUUGCAUGAAUACUGUUGUCAAACUUCUUCCAUGCCCAGUCCAAGACUACUUUCUGGUGAGUCAAAAUAAUUUUGAACAGCUGUUAUUACAUGAGCUUUAUGUAUAAAUAAUUAUCAUGUUAAAAUCAAACAUGAAAAGCUGCCAUUUUUUUUUCUUUUAUUCAGGUUUGUAUGUUCUUAUAAACCUGUUUAGAUUAUGUUCAGUGUCGUCAGAUUAUCACCUGUUUGCAUCAUUAUUUUAAUUAACCUCCCAAUCAAAGGAAUAUACCAGGGUUGUCAAACUCGCAACAUCACGGACAUGUCGUGACGUAUCGCAACUUUUUUUCCAUUGCCGGCAAUGGGUGGGCGCGGUUUUGCCAUGAUGCAUCCAGCCCACAGGCUGGUAGUUGACACCCCUGGAAUAUACAAUAUACAACAUACUUGUGCAGUUAGCUUUUGAUUAUUUAUUUUUCUGAAUUUCAAAAUUUCUUUCCACUAAUAAGAUUUAGCUAAAAUAAAUCUCAGUCAUGUAGUCCUCAACUUAUGACCACCAGAAUUCCAUUGUUAAGCAAGGCGGAUUUAUGUGAGUUGUGCCUGAUUUUAUGACUUUUUUGCCAUCGUUAUCAAAUCACUGCAGUUGUUAAGUGAAUCAUGUGGUUAUUAAGUGAAUCCAACUUUCCCCGGUGAUUUUGUUUCUUGAAAGCUGGCUAGGAAGGUGGCAAGCAGCCGUCAUCUUAUCCCAGGAUGCUGCAACUAUAGUAAAUACAUACUGAUUGCCAAGCACCUGUACUUUCAUCACCUGACCAUGGAGAUGCUACAACAAUUGUAAGUGUGAGGAUCAGUUGUAAUUCACUUUAUUCAGUGCUGUGGUAACUUCGAACAGUCACUAAACAAAUGGUUAUAAGUCAAGGAUUCCCUGUAUUCCAAAAGUGUGUUUUGAAGAUCCUGGAGUACCCUGGUGUGCAUAACAAUAAUAACCAUCAAGCUGAUGAAAUGGCAGAGUUAGUUUUUACUUUUGUUCGUCUUUCCAUUCUGUGCGCAGUCUGCAACCUGCCACUUACAUUUACCUAGUGCUUCAGCACUAUUAAAUUGCAGACAUGUCUUCCAAAAACCAAAUUUUAUUGGCAGACAAAUUAAGGGAUUAUGCAUUUAUGAGGGAAGAAAUAACUUCUUAUCUACUAGGUUCUGAUUCAACCAAACACUUCCUUGUGUUUAUCUUUAAUUGGGUCUUCUUUCUUAACAAUGAGUUCAACCAACUCCACUAUAAGAGUAUUAGAAUGCGCAAGUUGCACUUCUAAUCUUUCUGGAUUUAUAUUGCAUGACAAUCUGGGUUGUUUUAGAUGUCACACCAUGCCCUCUGGACACAGAAUACUAUUUUUCUCCCUCAGUUAAAAUAUUAAAAAAGUAAUUUAGACAAAUCAAGAAUAGUACUUGGAGUUGACUUUUUAAAUAAAAUAUUUAAACUUAGGUCUAAUUGAUUAGAUAUUUUAAUUGCUUUAAUUUGUGACUGUUGAAGAUUUUAAUAUGCAGUAGUUUAGUCAAAAGGAAAAAGAGACAACCGCCUUAUUGAAUGGUGCAAUAUUGCUUUUUACUCAAAAAAAGGGCUAACUUUUUGAAAUAGAAUUUAAGCUACUGUGAAGAAUAUUAAUUCAGUGUAUAUUAGAAAGUCUGUAUAGACAAGAAUAUUUUAACAAAUGAUUUUAAAUCAGUGUAAUAAGCUUUCCAAAAUAUAGCGUUUCCUUAAAACACGUGACUAACUUUUGAAUAUAAAUGCAAUUUGCAAAUCUUUUUUCAAGACAGAGCUUCACUUUCAAAUUUUAAUUCCCAGCAAAUUUUUCUUAAAUGUGCAUAUGGCACAAAGGGAGGUUAGCUAGAAACUCUAUUAUUCUUAAAAUAGGCAGAUAUUCUUAUACUAUUUUUUAGAAACUGCUUUAGUUCAAUUCUGCUGUAUAGGCAAUGUGAAAUUAAAUUUAAACUUUCCUUUAUUUUUUUUCUAAAUGUACAUCAGAAAAUGAAUCUUAUACCUAGAAAUCAUUGUUAGAGUUUAAUCCGCACAGUGAAUUAAUCUGAAUUUGUGAAUUUACAUCUGGAUUUUUCUGAAGAAAGAAGUAACGAAAAAGUCUUUGUCUACAAAACCCAUAAAUUAACUAAAGAUUAUAGGAUUUUAUGAUUUUUAAUUUUUUUUAACCAUGAUUAACCUGUUAGAGUUAAUCUGGAGGAAGAUAAGUGUAGAAGAAUAAAAAAAGGAAUAAACUUGGGGCUGGUUUAGGUGCAGCAAGAUUUACUAGAGUGGAGCUAAUAAAUACCCUUCAAAUGUUUUGGAACAACUUCCAUCAUCUCCAACCAGUUUUGUCAAUUAAUUGCUUGUACCUAUGAUAGAUAUUUCUUUAAAUUAUCAAAUAACUUAAGUUAUUCGGCUUCCAUUUUGGAUUCCCUUUGUAAGCUUUGAUUAUGCUGCUUCUUUGUAGCCCUUAAGCACUUUCAGUGUAUAUAUUCAUAAACUUUGAGUAAGCUGUGAAAUUAAAAUUUUCUGUGGUGUGAUGAAGAUGGCAGAACUUUAAGUAGGCUACUAGUCUGGCAGUGACGAAACACAAAAGUUAGUGUUUCUGCAAGAGAUUCAAAAAUCCCUAUCUAUGAACUAGCAAAGCAUAACUGCACACAUUGUUAAUUGGCAGAUGAUAGCAAAAAAUGGCAAGCUAGUCCUCUGUCCUCUCCUAUGUCUUCUAUUAAAAAUAUUUUUAUGUUAUUUUAUAUUAUAGUUGGGUAUACUGUACUAUAAUUUGGUAUACUAUUAUAAUCUAAAAUGUAUUGAGUCAUCGCGUUUCUUUCUUCUAUUCACUAUCCUUUAAGCCAAACAUUAUUCUAGGAUUUAAUUAGGUUUGUAGUUUGUAAUGAAGGACAAUAUCAAAAUGUUAUUUCUUGAAAUGGUUUCUCGGAGAUAUUUCUAUCAGUUUAUAAGAGAAUGUUUCCUCAGAUCAAGUUUCAAUAUUAGCACCAGUCAAUUUUGUGGAACUUAGACAUGGAUGAUCAUGUUAUUAGCAGCUUCCAUGGAAUUUAGAAAGGGAAGAACAUCUUUUUAUCCAAUCAGCAAUAUUUUUUUACUAAAACCAUUACUAAUAUAUCAUCUUUGUUAAUGUUUUAUUUUUAGAAUACAUGUCUGGAGCUAGCAUUCAUAAGAAUUAUUAUUAGUUCUUAUUACAUACACAUAACAAAUCAUGACGUUUUGCAUUAAGUUUCAAUAAGGGUAUGUGUUUUUCCAGGCAAAAUCAGUUGGCAUGAUGGGGUGUUAUUCUAAUAAAAGAGGUACAGCCAAAACAAAUACGUCAGCAGAUCGAGCUAAAAAUUAAAUUCUCCCUGAUUUUAAUUUAUAUUGAAAUUUAGUUACAUUUAAUGUAGAUCAAAUUAUUAAAUAGUUUAAAUAAAGUUCACAUGAUCAUUCCUUAUGUAGUUAAUAAUUUCUCCUGUCUAUGUAGUCUACUUUUGGAGGACUUCUUUAAGCUACAUCCCACUUCAUACAUGUUUGUUUCUGAAGCCAGGAAGGACUAUUGGAUCUUAUUGGCUUCAUUUUACUUCAUUCCUGAUUAAUUUUAAAUUAAUGGUCCUUAUUACAUACAAAAUAGAGUACUUUUUAGGUGAUUAUUCUUUGCUAGUGUUAAAACCCACCUGAUAGGGUUAUUGCUGUAGGGAAGGUAUAGGAGAAGGAAGCAAUAUUAGGUAUAUUUGUUGCCUUGAGUUAUUUAUAAAAAUAAUUCACAUCCAGAAUACCUGAGUUCAGUUGCUUUUUUUGUUUUUGAAAGACAUGGCAGAUUCAUAAACACCAAGGUUUAACCAAAGUUAAACCCAGAGGUUUCUGCAAAGUGAUCAAAGGUUUACAGAUGGUGAAAGCCUUAUGGCACUGUUGAAAUUUAAGCUUGGCUCCUUCUGUACUUACAUUUUGACUUUAAUGCACAUUUGAAAGAGGCGGAGCUUACGUUGUAAGAGUAUGAUGCUGCUUUUGUCCAUUUGUUGAAAAUUUUGGAUUCUGCAGACACAUCUGGUUGAGCCUCUGAUAAGAUCAAUGGACCAUAUAGUGGGGUUACGUAGAAUAGAAAAAAUAAUUCUAUAUGCGGAAGACUAAUUAUAUUCAUGUAUCUUCUUUACAUUUCAUGCAUGGCUUGUUUUGCAAAAGUUUUGAUAACUUUAUGAAGUCAAAACCUAUUCUUGGCCUACUGUUGAAAAAGUGUAUUCUAAUGAAGAGUUUUUUGUCAAAAUCAGAUCUAUCCGAUAUUGUGAAACCUUUUCCUACUGAAAUUGCUAUUUACUUAAAACUGGCAUAGUGUUAAUGAAUAUUACAGAGGCAUAGUGAACGUAUACAGAGAGGUCAAAAAAGGCAAAAUGGCAACAGUGCAAAAUGCUGCCCCUUUUUAUGGUACAUAUGUGACGGACAUGAAAAGGGUGGAGCAUCACAGAGUCAUGCCUAAAAGACUCAGCAAAUAUCCCAUAUAAAUUGGUUUGGGGAUUUUAUGUUAAUUUUUACAUUCUGAAAAUAGAAGCAUUUAGGUUAUUUCCACAUGUUAUACUAAGAAGUUAAGUGUAGCCAAUAUGAUUCAGUUACUCUUUCUGCAGAUGUUUCAAAAUGCAGUUUUACAAAUAUGUUACAUAGUAAGUGCUGGAUUUUGUGAAUGAAUGUAUCUGCAAGUGCACAUGACAUAUUUUCAUUUUUAACACACUUGUUUUGUACCAGCUCUGCAUUUUUCUAAAAAUCUAUUUAAGGAGAUACUUACCUAAAGUAGAAAUGGCAUAGGUUUUUAGAUGAUACAACUGAGGAUAAUUACAUACCAAACUAGGUGCAGUUUGCUUUAAAAGACCCACUGUUUAUGAUAGGAGUGUGACAAAACUUUUCCACCGCUAUCUAUCCUUGCUGUUUCACCACAGCUAGCAUAUUAGGUGGUUCUAUAUUUUAUUCCUUCCUCCCAUCGACUAUAAUAGAAUUCAUUUAAAUUUGCAAAUUCCUAGACAAGUAUUGGACUAUUUUUUGUGGAUGUACUUGAGACUCUGGUUGGAGAAAUAUACAGCCAUUUGCAUUACCCCUGGUAUUCCCUAGACUCUCCUAGUCAAGAACUGCCGGGAAAAAAUCUUGAUAGACAGCCCGUUCCAGCCUAGUCCCAGAGGACCCCCUAAGAGAAGAUCUUGCAAAGAUUUAGUGCUCUUUAAGCUGCUUAGCCUGCCUCCCAGGAGGCAUAGAUUGGCUUCUUUACAGAUAUGCUGAAAUCAUUCCUCUAAACACCGAGCACUCUAUAUUUUGUUUAGAUUUUGUCUAAUAUUUGUAAUGAAUUGUCAGCUGCUUAAGUGCAUCCAAUUGCAAUGGCUGUCAAAUUGAAAGUGAUUACAUAACUUUAACUCUCUGAGCUAUCCUUAAACUCAGUCGAAUUAAACUUUUCAAAUGCCUCAAACCAAUUUAUGUAUAGUCAAUGCUUUCUAUCUAGAUAAGCUUGAGAGUUGAAAUGCAAUCAUUUGAAGAGUGGAGCCUGGAGAUAAUGAUUUUCCUGAUGUAAUUAUUUUGAUUAAGCAACAAUCCUACCGUGCUGCUUUAUUUUAUAUACAAUUAUCCAAUAUUUUGUUAGCUGAUUUUGAGAAAUACUCUUUAAGAAACCUAGGAACUGUCCAGCACAGGAAGAAACAUUUCUCUCAUUCUACUAUGAUUCUAAUUCCACAUCAUAAUUCAUUUGUUUCUGACGAUUGAGAGGAAUCUCAUUGCACAUAUGGUGUUGAAGGACUGGGUGUUGAGAUAGCAUACAGACAUCACCAUCACUAGAGGGCUCUUUCAUAAUAUAUUUUACCCCUGUGCCAGGGGAGUGAUUUCUAGGUUGGCCUGGGAUUAGAUUCAAGCCUACCUCGAAGCAAUGACUGGAAGUGAUUAAGUAGUGUUAAGUAAAAAUCUAUCUUGGGAUAACAGCAGCCUACCUCCAGUAUGACAUGGGGACAGAUGGCAACUACCCUCGGUAUGAAUGCUGCAAAAUUGUGGUAUGUUUCAAAGCUUGCAAAGCUGUGUCAUAUCUCUGGGGUUUCCCUUUCAUUGGAAUCCAAAGAAUAUAAGGAAAGUGAGUUAUCUUUCAGGAGAGUUUCUUUUCUUAUCUGUUUAAUAUGGAAAAAUUCGCUUUAUAAAUAUUUGAAAGAGCUUCCAACUUUGGCACUAAUGGAAAUAUUGGAUACUUUUCAUAUAUAUAUAGAAGGUUAUUUGAAAAGAAGUGUUCUGUCUUUUUUAUAUAAUUUUUAAUCAAAUACAAAUAUUCUGAUUACUACGUCUUGGUUUCCUAUCAGGCUGUACGUGCAAAAAUAAAACUAGUUCAGGUCUCAGAAUCUUGAGUUGGGGGUGGGGGAACCAACCGUUUGAAGUGCUUUGCCAGCUUUUGGUAUAUGGUACAUUUUGUGUGUGUAUAUAAUAUAUGUAAAUUAUAAAUAAUAUAAAUAGAUUCAUAUGGUUAAAUAUUUAGUGUUUUUUCACUGUUCUCCAAGGAAACAAAGUGUUUUGUAUUGCUUUAUGAACUGAUUUAAAAGGUUUUAUGGGACGACUAAAAUAUUUUACAGUUAUUUUACCCCAGAAAUGGGCAGUUCUGCUCUGAUGUAAAUCUCUCCAUUGUUUUUGAAAGCAGAAUUUUAGGUUUUAAGCUGGUCCUUCUGAAUAGUACCAGGUAAAAUGCACUUUCUCAUGGCAUGCAGUCUAUUUUCUCUGAAUGAGCUUUCCAACCUAGAGACCACAACACGUUUACAUUUGUGUGUGUGUGAGUCCUGUUUUCUUCCCUGCCUAACAAGAGUUGCAGAACUUGAAAUCUUUAAUCUUUUGGGCGGAGAGGAUGGAAAGAAAAACAAUGUGCUACUGAAGUAAUAGGACAUAAGAUCUAUCAUUAGGAAUAGAUUAGUCCAUCUGUUAAAAUCCAUUGUAGUGAUAGUCUCAGUAAGUGAGCUGUGCUUUGUAAUUCUUGGCUGUGAGAAAUAUGCCUUUUCUUUACUUGUCAUAAAACUGUUUUACUGUUAAUGGUUAUUUCUUUGGUUGCAUUUGCUUGAACUUAGUUGGAAGACCUUAUUCAGACUGUUAUGAUGUCCAUAAAUGCAAUUUAAAUGCACUUACAAUUGAUUUGCUACCAUGGAGUUUGCUGAAUUAUUUCAUUUAAUAAAAGCCUUUGUGUAAGUGUU